AUGGCAGGGGUGAAAAGAAGGCACGACGGAAUGGUAGAGAAUGAGUCGUCUCAGUCCGAGACGAAGUCACCAUAUCUCCCCGUGUUCGAAGCUUUCCGGGCCCAACUCGACGAGCACCAUGACCGCAGAGAAAGGAUCAUCAAAGUGUCGAGGGACGUGACGGCGCAGAGUAAAAAGAUUAUAUUUGCAUUGCAAAGAAUUCGCGAGCUAGGCAAACCGAUACAUGCUUCGACGUCGAAGCAAACGACGCCCAUGUAUGCCACCAUCAGAACCCUGUUACAGAGCAUCGUCCCAGACCUUCAAGGCAGCAAUGCGUAUCGCUACCGCGCCAAUAUCAGUGCUGGACUCCAAGAGUUCAUGGAAGCCGUCAUUUUUCAGCACUACCUGGAGACUCAACAGGUCAUGAGUUUUGAGGAUGCUCAGACCCAGCUCCCCAACGGCAUCUCACUCACUUACGACGACUAUGCACUCGGGCUGUUCGAUAUGACGGGUGAAUUGAUGCGUUUCGCCAUCACCUACAUGGCCACAAACGGGCAGUUGCCUGGGAUAGCAAGAGGAGCAGAGCCAUCUCACAAGUCCUCCAUCCUGGCGGAUAUGCAAGAUCUGCGCACCGCUUUCGAAGCGCUGGACGCGACUAAAGCCUACAGCCUAUCCAGAGAUUUUGACAACAAGCUCAAGACCACGAGACAGUCCGUGGAGAAGGUAGAGAACGGCGUAUACCACAUGAUUGUGAGAGGAAAGGAGAGACCCAAAGGCUGGAAACCAGAUUUUUCGUCCGCGGAUGUAGGACGGGACGGCGGAGAAGCCGUGGAGAGUCAUUGA